UGCUUCCGAUUGCCAUUUUAGGACGGAAUCAUCUGCCAGAACAAACCACGUCGACAUAGAAUUAGUUAUAAUUUACUUAUAUUCUCCCAUUUCUGGUUUUGAGACUUAACUAAUGAAUUAGCUUUCUAUUUGGGACUGUUAUGAAUUAAUAUUUCACCAUUUUCUGGGUUCUAUUUUGAUAUAAUAGGGGGAAAAUCACCGAAAGUACGGUGCGAAAUAGAGACAUUUGGAAGAACCACGCACCUCUCAUAAUCCAAACGGAAGGGAACUGGGUGGGAUCAAACCAUCGGGUAAAUUUAGCAUUUUAUAGAAGAUAUGGCUAGGAAAGCAGAUUCAGGAGCUGUACCCAGAUAUAUAAGUCUGUUAUGAACGCGGAGAGAUGGCCCGAGGUUUUCUGAAAGAGGGUGAUAAUAAAGUGUAGCAUAAAGCGUUUAGUACUUACCACCAAUCCCUUUACAAGAUCCCAGUUGACACAGAUCAAGCUCCAAAUAUAUUCUAUAUUAGAAUAUAUACUAUCAUUUCACAAUGGCUCGUCACACACCGGUGGACCCAAGCCAGCUCCUCAAGGCUCUCUCAUCUCUUCUCAGUAAGGAAGGGGGCAUCAAGGGUGUCACUGAGGUCACUAAAAUACUCAUAUUGAUGAGGGGUGCCAAAAAGAUGGUUAGUCGUUGUAUCUACAUGAAUAUCCUGAUAGCUACAAAGGCGAGUGCUGUACAGGAAAAGUUCAUAGAGGAAGGUGGUUGGGAGCUUCUAAACACCUGGCUCCAAGAUGCCAAGACGGAGGAGCAGAACCCAGUCAUCUUAGAACUCAUUAAAGUCUUCAAAGAGCUUCCUGUUACCAUAGAUAUACUCAAGAAGAAUAAUACUGCCAAAAUUAUCAAAUCAUUCAGCAAAACUGAAGGGGAAGAUGAACUCAAGGCCAUGGCAGACGACCUGGUUGCGACAUGGAAAGGCAUCAUCAGGACUUCAAAUACUGAUAAAGUAGACAAGGAAAAGUCACCUAGUAUGAAGAAGAAGCUCAAAGCAAAGAAAGUAGGAAAGUCCUUCAGCAAUGACGGGGACGCAGACGACGAGAGCGAGGAACCGCUCGCCAAGAAGUCGCGGCUGGGUUCAAACGACGACGAACCAAUGGACACAAGCGAUACAAGCAAACCCUCGAGGCUGAGGCAUCCAAGUGAUUCUAGGACGACCAGAGCAGGCGCUGCCAACAAAGUCGCUACCAGGAAAAACUCGAGCGAGGAGCCGGUUAAGAAGGAAGGAGAGGGAAAGAAAGAGGAUGUGGUGAAGAAAAAAAGGGCGGCGAUUAUGAGACCGGCUCAUUCGAAAAUGCGUUUAACAGGAUUGGAGAAAGAGUCAGAGCUACCUCUGCCAAAGUUCAAGAAGAAGGCCCCCGUUGUUCCCCUUCCCAAGACGGAGAAACCUAUUCCAACUCUGACAAUUAGGAAAGAUGGUCCAAUUUUCAGCAAAUCCUUGUCUCCCACUGAAAAGAGACCCAGACCAGACGAGCUUACCAAACCAGGGGCUAACACUCACGGCAGAAUUAAAAUCAUACCUGCCAAACACAAAUUACAAGAGAGUUCUGGCUUCCUGGAUGCCCUCAACGCUCCCAGUCUGGUGGUGAAGAAGAAGAUCCCCAAGAAGGUUGCAAGGACCAACUCAACCGGCUCCGUCAAGGCAAAGAGCCCCACUCCACCAGAGGAGAUCAAAGUGGAACCACCCAAAUUUUCCUUCUACUCCUCCAACCAACCUGCCGAAGAAGAAGAGAAGAAGGAGGAGGAGGCCGAGAAGAUGACGGUGGAGACGGAUCCCAAGGAAACCAAGGAUACCAAGGAGCCCAAGGGAGGCAAGGAAGAAGGUGACAUGGGGGACGACUGGAACGAAGACAGACCCAUCACGAUCGGCAAGAGCAAUCUCAAGUUUGGUCCAUCCAAGAGCAAGAAGAGUGUGAGAUGGAAGGAGGAGACGGACUUGGUGGAUGUUUAUUAUUUCGAGCUGGAUGAGACGGAGAGAGUCAAUGUGAACAAGGUAAAGGACUUCCAGGAUGCUAUGCAGAUAGAUAAGAUGAAUGAGAAACAAGCCAUUAAGAACGCCAUCAAGAUGGCCGGACAUACAGACGACGAGGAGAGGACCAAUGGCAAGGUCACGCUCGAGUACUUCCAGUGGAGGAGACCAGUGCUGAUGGAGCUGCCGGGCGUGCCUGUGUCCUACGGGUGUAACAGCCAGGAGAAGACCGUCCAGACCAAGAGGGAACAGAUGGUCCUCAGAGAGAUCUUCUUUGAUCAGAUGAACCUUCCUCUCACCCCCAAGGAGCCAGACCCCGAGGUCAAGAGGGGCUUGGAGGAGACUGGCCUCAUCCCCCUUGAAGAUGAGUCGAGUGCAGAGGUGCCUGAUGUAGAACCCCUCUUCAUCGGAGACCAACCUCCAUUUAUGCCGCCCCAUGGUGGUCCUGGUAGCAGCGGUGGCAUAGGGCACGGUGGUAUGAGGGGUACUGGACUCCUGGGGCCUGCACCGGGGGGACACCCGGGGGGGCACCAAGUAGGGCACCCAGGGGGUUCCCCUAGGGGGCCCAUGCAGCAGCAGCAGCAGCAGCAGCAAAGGCCACCACCAGGCCAAGGGAACACCCCACCCUCACCCAACACCACCAUCAAGAACGUCCAGAACCUCCUGGCUACAUUAUCGGAGGGUGGAACUGACAAUGCUGGAAGUGAUCUUCUAAAAAAAGAAAACCUCGACAAGCUGAAGGAAAUGCUGGAACCUUUCAAAAACCAAAACCCUGGUGACAAUCAACAGAGAGAAGACGGUAACGCACCCCAAUUCCAUCCUGGCCAUGGCCCAGGACAUGGUCCAGGUCCAGGCAACUUUGGUGGACCAGGAGACUUUGGACCUCACAACGACCAUGGAGGGCCAUUUCCUCCCAUGGGACCAGAUGGGCCAAUGGGUAUGGGUCCAGAUGGACCUAUGGGUAUGGGACCGGAUGGGCCUAUGGGCAUGGGACCAGGCCGUGGCCCAAGACCAAGAGGUCCACACUUUGAUGGACCUGGCAUGGGACCCGGUGGGCAAUUCCAUCCACAGUUUGGACCCGGUCCUGGACCCAAUUUCCCUGGCCCCCGAGGCAUGGGCAUGGGACCUCCUGGUAGGGGCGGCGGCUUCCCAGAUAGGGGACGUGGCCAUCCAGGCAGAGGGAUGGGCCCUAGGGGGCCAUGGAGAGGGGGAAGGGGCGGAAGCAAAGCUAAUGAUGGUCGGAGGCAGGUGUGUUAUCACUUCCAGUCUGAGAGGGGUUGCUUGAGAGGAAACAGUUGCUUCUUUCUUCAUCCUGGUGUUAACCAACCUCCAUUAUGACGACGCUACUCCUAAGACCCCGCCCAUCAUCCGUCCACCAACAAUGGAAUGGGGAGAGAAAAGAACUUGAGAACUUAUGAGAGGAUGUUUUGAAAGCAAAAGAGAGUUUUGAAAGCGAAGAGAUCUUGGAUCAUGCCUUAAAGGAAAACAAAGUUUAAAACGAGCUAUGGACAAAGACAGGAGGAUGUUUUGAGUACCAAAAGAGUCAAGAGAUCUGGAUCGUGCCAUUAAGAAAGAAAGAAAAAGAGACAUUCAAAACUGGCCAUGAAUUAGGAGAACUGUUUUGAAACAGUCUCAAAUGAAAACAAAGUUUGCCAAUUUGAUGACUCUACUGAAAAUCAGCCAUCCCUUUGUGCUCUAGGAUUGGAUGCUUAGUAUCUAGACAGCAAUCUCUCGUUAUAGUUCGUCAUGCAAGGAAAAUCACCAACAUUUCUUGUGUUUUUGGUAGAUUUUCUUGAGGUGUGACAUUUUACCGCUUGAAGUCUAUCCGACCACGAUCCCACCGAUGUUCUGCAUCCGAAACAGGAAGGUGACCUCUUCAUGCGAAAGUUUCUUCCUCUUCUGGGACUGUCCAACAAAGCUGCAAAGUGAAGAUGGGAUAAGAAUUGAUUCCCAGAGUAAAUUCUUGGACAAGAAACGUAUCACGGAUAAUGUAUUCAGCAACCAAACUACAAAAGCUUCUCAUUUAUUGUCUUCUAAAUGACAGGAUGAACCAAAUCUUCAAAGAUGUUCAAAGCAAGAAUUUGUAUUAGUCUUCAAACUUUUAUCCAAGUGCUAUGGCGAUUCAACUGUUCUUCAAUUGCAUCUAAUCUUGGAUAAACUAUGUACGGCUAUCUUGUCAAAAUUCUAAAGGCAUUUUGCUCAAAACAUUUCAGUCAGUCUGGAGAACAAUUAUGGAAAGCAAAGAGUAACGGCAUGCAUAAGAUUUUUCCCAUACGACGUAAUUUUGGCUUUUUUGUAUCAAGUCCCUUUAUUGUCUCCGAUCCUUGGUACUCCAUAGACUUUGCACGAACAUUUCAAAGGUCAUUAGAGACUUCUCUACACAACUAAGAUGCGGUGCCCAUGCAAGAAGCAAAUUCAUAUUAUGAUACAUACAGAUGUGAAGAAUAAUGCAAGGCAGUGCUGUAAUGGUCAGGUGUAUCUCACAACCCCAUUGCAUCACUGUUUAUUCUUAAUUCUGUGAUAUUCAAAGAGAAAGAAUAGAUGGUAUGGUGAUAUCUACAGCCAAAAUGUUUUACUUUAGAGACUCACAGUUUAUAGGAACUAACAAUCUAUUCCCAUCUUGCCGAUACUACCAGUCGAUUGUUUGAUUUAUGAGCAUUUUCCCCUCCUGAGUAACGUCUUCAGUCUUCACACAGCAUAGCUGUUGAGUCAGGCGAUAUUUCUCUUGAUGUUUAUAAGUGCUUGAAAUUCAAAAGCACUUUAUUUUGUGCAGAAAUUAGUCCAUUAAUUUGACGAUUCAUUAUUUAAAAAAUAUAUUCUAUUGAUCUAAGGGUUCAUUAUUGAAUUUAAUGAUUACUCUACAAUUAAUUGAUUUGUGGUGCAAAGUCCGGCACAAGCUCAAUGUUUGCCAAAUUUAACUAAUGUAAGAAUGAGCAGCAAAAUCAUUGAUGAUAUAUGUUGUGAUAUUUUGAAAUGCUUUUUGUAUGCUUAUAGAGAGAGGAUUAUAUUUUUGUACAAGCAAUUAUGA